GAGUUUGAAAUUAAACCGCCGCGAACAGCCGGUUGGCGGAGCGUGCUGAGGGUUGCUUAGCAACCCACCGGGCUUUUGAGUCCCAGCUUCUGCUUAGAAAGGUGGCGGUUCUCUUUCGCGACCGCAGGGAUCCAAACGGUACAUCUUCCACCCACCCCGCCAGCACAGGGAAAAAGUGAUACAUCGCUGGUUUUACCAGAGCUUUAUGUGUUAAACAUCGCACGGUUGAAUUUGUUUCAGGUUACUUUGAACCAGCCUUUCAAUCAUCGUGAUUUUCUGAAGAUCAUGGCUUCCCUUCAGCAAAGGAUCUUGAAUAUUAUUCAGUGUUUUCGAAAAGAAUGGCGCUUAUUUUCAGAAUCUGAAAGGACUACUGUGUGUGGUGUAGAUUGCAUGCUGAUGGCUUUGUACCUAUCGGUUGCUGAGGUCAAUAAAAAGAACCGUGGAGAUUUUGAAGCAUCUCUUAGUGAACUGCUACUAACUUGGAAUUACCUGGUACCUGACAAACUGGGCAUACUGCAGAAAAAUAUGGAAGCUCCUGAAAACUAUGCUGACAUCACAAGUGCAUAUGCCAGCUUUUUAAAACGCUGCAAUAUGAUGGAUCUAAUAGAUGUCUAUCAAAAAUGUAGGGCACUAGCACUGGAAAAUGAAUCGGUUUCCUGUGCACAACUGUUAGAAUUUAUUGCCGGAAUAGCAGAUUUAGCCAUUGAGAAUCAUUCAGUUCUUCCUACCCCCUCAACACCAACCAGCAGAGUGAACCAGGAUCAUGAAGAGCUACCAUUGAUGGUGAAAAAAAUUUUGUAUGCAUAUUUAACUAUAUUGGUUAACUCCAAGAAUGAUCUGGCAUUUGCUUACAUUUUAAACGUUCCUGACAGAGGACUUGGAAGGGAAGCUUUUACUGACCUAAAACAUGCUGCACAGCAGAGACAAAUGUCCAUAUUCUUGAUGGCGACGUCUUUUAUCAGAACCAUAGAACUUGGAGGAAAAGGUUAUGCCCCUUCCCCAGCUGAUCCUUUAAGAACCCAUAUGAAGGGACUUUCACACUUGGUUCACUUCAUUGAUAAACUGGAAGAAAUUAUUGGUGAAGUCCAGGAUCCGAGACUUGCAGGGGGGAAAAUUCUAUCAACAAUCAAGAUGCAUUUGAUAAAAGGAAGAAACAGCGGGGAUGCCUUCUGUCAAGCAGCAGAGGAAGUUGUACAAGAUUUGGAUUUGAGGAUUAAAAAUAUUAUCAACUUUCAGCAUGAGUCUAUGACAGCUAGCACCGCUGGAAUUAGUCCAGCCCGGCCCAAGCUGCAUGCUAUAAACCAUGGCACUGCUUACUGUGGCAAAGAUACUGUGAAGGCCUUAUUAGCACUUUUGGAUGAAGCAGCUACCGAUCCUCCUCCCAAAAACAAAGCCCAAAUGUUGUUUGGUGAUGAAUUCGGAUUCCCUUGUACCUUUUUGUUGUUCAGAUCUCCAGCACAAUCUAGUGGAUCUUCUCCAAAAGUUUUGAGACAGAGAAUUCGGACAGCAGUUGGUGAAAAAAAAAUUAAGUUGAAGCAACCUUUAAUUAGGUCUCAGUUUUCUUGCACCUACAAAGAUGACCAAAUGACUGAGGCAAAGGGUCAGCAUUUCCAGGCAAUCCAGGCCCCAACAUGUGAACAUCCAGCACUGAAAGAAAAGGCUGUUCCAGACUCUAAAGAUGAAUCAACUGCAGCAGAAUGCCUACAUUCACAACUUGAAAGUGCUGCACUUGGAACUAGUUCUGGAAAUGUUCAUCAGAAUGGAAGUAAAAGUAAAGAAAUAGGAAAACUAAGUUGCCAGCCAAGAAACAAGAGCUCAAAGAGGAAGCAGGUGGACAGGACUAGUGAAAAUGUCAUAUGCAGUAAUGAAAACGAAUCACUUCAACACAUACACAGUAAGAGACCAAAAACUGCAGUGAAAUGCCAGAAUAGUUUGGACAGCAAAAUAAAGAGGGCUGGAAAAUGCAACAAGAUUAUAGCCAAAAAUAAACUGAUUGUUGGUCAAGCAAAGCUAACUCAUUUCUUUAGAUUAUAAAUGCUCUUACUGUGAUUGUUAUGCAAACAAUUAUUGACUCGUUUUGAGGUUUGAAAGAAAAAAUGCAUACGCUACAGUAACAUAUUCCUUGUGAUUAUAAAUAUUGAUAUGUAUUCAGUAUUUGGACAAAUGGAUCAACAAGCUUUGCGGAAUUCCCAGUUUUAAUAAUGCACUGUAAUCUUUUACAUUUGUAUACUGUAAUCAUGUGGUAUUUUGAUGUACAAAUAUUUAGGAUCAAUACAAACACAAAACAAUACUUAAA